AUGGCUGAAUACAAAGGCGGGGCCUCCGAAGGCCAACGUCAAGCAAUGUUAGAGAAACAAAGAGCAAAGAUGUUGAAUGAUUUUGAGAAACAACGUGAAAAAAUUACAAAAGAUAACCAAGUUAAUAUAACGAGCAACAAAUUCGUGACCCAGUUCGAUGAUGUUGAAGAUUCCUUGAAAAAAGAAACUAUAGGCCUAGUUAAACUUGAAGAUUUCCAAAAAAUUCGGAAAGAAAUUCUAAUACAAAAAGAACGCGAAGCUGCUAGAACUGCUGAAAUAAGUGUUGAUAAUUUUGAAAAUCCUAAUUACUCGAAUAAUUCAACAAAAUCUGAGGAUAACAAUACAACGUCAGAUUAUAACAAUGAAGAUGAUAAAAUCAACAUCACUUAUUCAUAUUGGGAUGGAACUGGUCAUCGAAAAACCGUUACAUGUAAAAAAGGUGACUCGAUCUCAGCAUUCCUAGAAAAAUGUAGGCAACAAUUUCAUGAGUUACGUGGUGUUAGUGUUGAUAAUUUACUAUAUGUUAAAGAGGACUUGAUUAUUCCACAUGUAACAAGAGGUAAAUCUGGUCCCUUGUUUAAUUUUGAUGUACAUGAUGAUGUUAGAUUAACUCAUGAUGCAACUGUUGAAAAAGAUGAGUCACAUGCAGGCAAGGUAGUUGAAAGAAACUGGUAUGAAAAAAAUAAGCAUAUUUUCCCGGCAAGUAGAUGGGAAAUUUACGAUCCUGAAAAAAAUUAUGGAAAAUAUACUAUCAAAUAA